CAAGCAUUCAUUUUCUAUCGCAUUCCUACCAUGUCUCAUCCCGACGGCUCAACCCAACAGACACGACGGAGACAAGCUUACCAAGAUGACCCCGCAGGGCUUGCGAACGGAAAGAACUCGCGGCCAGACGCUCUCGCAACCUCGCUGGAGAGCAUCUCGGUACGGCCUCGAACGCCCAAGACCGCGCGGGGUCGUCCGUGGGAUGAAGAUGGGCUCAUGGACGAUGUCGAAUUGAGCCUAUUGGACAAGGAAGAGCCUCGGGAGGCCGAGGCCGACGUGAAGGAUGUAAAACGGCCCAUGUCUACACGCGAUAGACGGGCAAUUAUCCUACUCAUCAUUCUAUACCUAAUACAGGGCUUUCCUCUGGGCCUCGCACUAGGCUCCCUCCCAUUCCUUCUCAGAGAGCAUCUAUCAUACUCACAGCUCGCCACUUUCUCUCUUGCGAGUUAUCCUUAUUCCUUGAAACUAUUCUGGUCGCCCAUAGUCGAUGCUGUGUACACCCCCGCACUCGGCCGACGGAAAUCCUGGAUUAUCCCCAUGCAGAUUCUCGUCGGCUCCAUCAUGACGAUACUGUCUUUUUACGCGGAUGAGAUGAUGCAAAACCCUGCAGAAUAUAUCAACGUGCUUACUGCCGCGUUCACCACGCUCGUGUUCUUGUCUGCCACUCAAGAUAUCGCGGUUGAUGGCUGGGCACUUACGCUGCUCUCUGAAGAAAACCUGUCAUUCGCGUCCACUUGCCAAACUAUUGGUCUGAACACUGGGUACCUCCUGUCUUACACGGUGUUUUUGGCUCUCAACAGUCAGGCGUUUGCGGAAAAGUGGGGUAUACCGCGUCUCGAGCUGGGCAGAUACUUGCUCUUCUGCAGCAUGAUAUCAUUCGGCACCACCAUAUGGUUGUUCUUUGAGAAAGAGGACGAAGAUGCCGAUGUCGACAUGAGCAUCAAGUCCGUCUACAAGACAAUGUGGACCAUAUGCCGUCUAAAACACGUCCGAACGCUUCUAGCCGUGCACCUCUUCGCCAAGAUAGCAUUCCAAGCUCACGACGCUGUCACAUCACUCAAGAUGGUCGAAAAGGGUCUCGGACGAGAAGACAUGGCGGUUGCUGUCCUAAUCGACUUCCCGUUCUCGAUCUUGGGUGGCUUAUUAGCGGGACGCUGGUCCCGAGGCGAUAAACCUCUCGAUGCUUGGAUCAACUCUUACUGGCCUCGCCUGAUUCUAACACUCGCUUCUACUCUGACCGUUUACUGGUUCCCCACGCCGCCAAUCUCCACGGCGUUUUUCGCGCUGAUCAUUAUCGAGACUGUCGCUGCAUCAUUCGCUUCAACGAUACAAUUUGGUGGUAUGGCUGCAUUCCAUACACGAGUGUCUGACCCGAUCGUUGGUGGUACCUACAUGACACUGUUUGCGACCUUUUCCAAUCUUGGCGGAACGUGGCCAAGAUACUUCGUUCUGAAGGGAGUCGACUUCUUCAGCGUCGCUACCUGUCAAAUCGGGGAUGACAUCGCAGUACAAGCCGCUGAAUGUGUGUCCGAGCACGGAAAAGCGGUUUGUGCGCAGCUGGGUGGCAAGUGUGUAACAGAGCAAGAUGGGUACUACACUGUAUCUGGGAUUUGUUUGGGUCUUGGUCUGUUGUCCGUUGUAUUCUUUAUGAUCCCCACUGCUCGAAAACUACAAGCUAUUCCUCCGAGUAGGUGGCGAGUAAUCUCGUCAUGAGGGACUAGUCGUAAAUGUUGGGAUCUGUAUUUAUGUUGACGCGGAGCAGACCACGGAGACACUUUCAAUGACUCUGUACGGAGCAGUCGUUGUACACGCGAGGAAUAGAAGAGACAACAACACAGUAGUGGUCACCAUGGCUCGGCCGAGAACAAGGCCACUGUGGU